AUGGAGUAUUUACAUCCUGAAGCAAAAAGAUUAAAGGAUCUUCUUCAUGAUGCGAAAUUUAAUUCUAAUGUUCUUAAUUUGCUUCCUUCAGCCUUUGAUGAUUUUUUUUUUUCGAUUUCAGAUUCUACAAGAAAUGCUUCUUUGUGUUUUUUACCUGAACUUAUUCAAGCUUUAUAUUUGCCAAUAGAUCCUUUAUUCAGUAUAAGAGUUUUGGAAAAAUUAUUAUUUUCAAUGUCUUGGGAAGAUUUACUUACAUUAAAUCUUGUUCCACAUAUUUUUUCUGGUCUUGCAUGUGGAGAUGAAGAAAUAGAGUUAUUUUGUUUAAAAAUGCUUUCUAAAUCGGCAAAAACAAGAUUUGCUUCUAAUACUAUUGAUAAAAAUAUGAUUAGUCGUAUAAUUUUGUGUGUGGUUUCAAAAUAUUGUUCAUGUGCAAAUAAAGCUAUAGAAAUAAUAUGUGAUCUUAGUUUUUCAGGUGAAAUAUUUAGAAAAAGACUUUUAUCAUAUUUUUCAGUAUUAUCUUUGGCUGAUUUUUUUUCAUUGGAAAAAUCUUCUUUGUCUAGUUCUACUUUUAUAUCUCGAUUUUUUACUCUAAUAUUAAAGUUUUCGAGUCGAUCAUGUGAAAUGUUUAAAUCUCUUGUUUCUACUGGUCUAAUAGACAAUGUUAUAAAUUUAAGUAAUUCGGAUGAUCUUGUUAUGAAGCUUUGUAAACUCGAUUUUUUAUCAUCUUUAUUAACUGUUAAUUAUACUUUUGAUUGGUUCGAAAAUAAUGGAUAUAUUAAAGAAGCUAUUUCUCCAUUUCUUACAUUUCAAUUUCAAAAUAUUGAUAUUGAUACUGAGCUUUUGAUAAUUCAAUCGUGCAAGUUUAUUGAGUCUAUGAAGUAUAUUCCUUUUAAAGAUUUUCAAAAAAUUGAUUCUCUUAAUAAUUUGAUAUCUAAACUUGUUGAGAAUUUAACUGUUAAAUCAUUGUCUUCGUCCCUUUAUAAGGUCAGCCUUUUUACAAUUGCUGGGAUGUUUAGUUUUUCUGAUGAUUUUUCUGAAUAUAUAUAUUUUAGAUUGACAGAUUUGCCUGGUCUUACUAAAACAGAUAAUGGUUUAAAUGCUUUGCAAUUAAUAUUAUCAAGUCCCUCAGAAAAAUAUACUGAACUUUUUUUUGAACAAAAAUUAUCUUCAAAAGCUAUUUAUGAUAUUAUGAUAUCUGCAAAAUCACCUUUUGAAUCUACACGUCAUUCUGCUUUAUUAAUUUUGAAAGCACUUGUAAAGCAUUCGUGGGGUAUUUUCAAAUGUGUUGGAUUUACUCCAUUAAUGGAGUUUGUAUUAUCUAGAACUGUUGAAGAAUAUUUUGAUAGAAUGAUUAAAUAUGAAAUAGUUAAGAUAAUGGCAGAAACAGGAAAACAUUUGUUAGGACCGUGGGAAGAGAAAGUUUUACAAUAUGUUACGAAAGGCCCAUUUGGUAUAUCAUAUAAGCCUGGUGUUCUAUUGUAA